AUCACCUGUAGGUGAGGAACCCCCCGCGCCAAUUCCCACCUCCCCUUCCCUUCAUUGCAGCCUCGUCGGUGCGGAGCCACCUGUGAGUAAUUAAUUAGCCGGUGUCGGUUCUCGGCGCGCCGUGGCCCGGGGGCUGCCAGGUGGCUGUGUACCUGGCAAAUGUUCCCAGACUGAGAAUGGCAUGAUGUGGAGGGCACUGCAGUGAAAGUGUUAAAUGCCCCUUUCUUUGGAGACCUGCAAACGAAAAAGAAAUAGAAGCCAUUAAACCCACCUUGUUCAGAGAGAACAUUAACUCAGCACAACAUGGCCCAGCAUAGUGUUGUCCUUGGAUUAUUCAUGAUGACUGUUUUAUCACUGUUGGAUGGAAGUUCAGCUUUCCUGUUAAAUCAGCGUCUGAAGGGAAGAUUUCAAAGAGACCGUAGAAACAUCCGCCCAAACAUCAUCCUUGUUCUUACUGAUGAUCAGGAUGUAGAACUUGGUUCUAUGCAGGUGAUGAAUAAAACCAGACGGAUCAUGGAGCAGGGAGGGGCCCAUUUCAUCAACGCCUUCGUGACGACGCCCAUGUGCUGCCCGUCGCGCUCCUCCGUCCUGACGGGCAAGUACGUCCACAACCACAACACCUACACCAACAACGAGAACUGCUCCUCUCCCUCCUGGCAGGCUCAGCACGAAAUAAGGACCUUUGCAGUGUACCUCAACAACACAGGCUACAGGACAGCUUUCUUUGGAAAGUACCUAAAUGAAUACAAUGGCUCCUAUGUGCCUCCUGGUUGGAAAGAAUGGGUUGGAUUACUUAAAAACUCUCGAUUUUACAACUACACACUCUGUAGAAAUGGAGUGAAGGAGAAGCAUGGAUAUGACUACUCCAGGGAUUAUCUAACUGAUCUGAUUACCAAUGACAGUAUUACCUUCUUCAGACUCUCCAAGAAGAUGUAUCCUCACAGGCCCGUGCUGAUGGUUAUAAGCCACGCUGCUCCUCAUGGCCCUGAAGAUUCAGCCCCUCAGUACUCACAUCUCUUUCCUAAUGCCUCACAACACAUCACUCCCAGUUAUAACUAUGCUCCAAACCCAGACAAGCACUGGAUCAUGAGGUACACUGGUCCCAUGAAGCCCAUACACAUGGAGUUCACGAACAUGCUGCAGAGAAAGCGGCUCCAAACACUCAUGUCUGUGGAUGACUCGAUGGAGAUGAUUUACAACACGUUGGUCGAAACAGGAGAGCUGGACAACACGUAUCUGAUAUAUACAGCAGACCAUGGUUACCAUAUUGGCCAGUUUGGGCUGGUGAAGGGGAAGUCCAUGCCCUAUGAGUUCGACAUCAGAGUUCCUUUCUACAUCCGAGGUCCCAACGUCGAGGCCGGGUCCUUGAAUCCUCACAUCGUGUUGAAUAUUGAUCUCGCACCCACGAUUCUGGAUAUUGCUGGGUUGGAUAUUCCCUCUGACAUGGAUGGUAAAUCCAUUCUAAAGCUGCUGGAUUCGGAGAGACCAGUAAAUAGGUUCCACUUAAAGAAAAAGAUGAAGGUGUGGAGAGACUCAUUCCUUGUGGAAAGAGGUAAACUGCUGCACAAGAGGGAGAAUGAGAAGGUAGAUGCCCAAGAGGAAAACUUCCUACCCAAAUACCAGCGUGUGAAAGACCUCUGUCAGCGAGCUGAGUAUCAAACAGCUUGUGAACAGCUUGGCCAGAAAUGGCAGUGUGUGGAAGAUGCCAGUGGAAAGCUCAAGCUGCACAAGUGCAAGGGAAUGGCCAACUUGGCAGCUGCAGGCAACCGCAAAGGCACCUCCAACCUUCUGCCCAAGUAUUACAGCAGGAACAGGGAGGACUGCAACUGUGAGGAGAAUGAAUACAAGCUGAGCCACGCUGGACAAAGAAAGAAACUCUUCUCCAAGAAAAAAUUCAAACCAAACUACGUCCGGAAUCGCUCCGUCCGUUCCGUGUCUGUGGAGCUGGAUGGAGCUGUUUAUAACCUGGGAUUAGAGGAUGGAUACCAGCCCAUCUUCCCAAGGAACAUCUCCAAGCGUCACAAGGUGCAGAGGGCUGUUCUCCGUGAGGAGGAGGACAGGGACAUGGGGGAGUACAGUGGCACUGGUGGCAUUGCAGAGUACACAGCCCCUAACCUGAUCAAAGUGACCCACAGGUGUUACAUCCUGGAGAAUGACACUGUUCAGUGUGACACAGAUCUGUACAGGUCACUGCAGGCUUGGAAGGACCAUAAACUUCAUAUUGACCACGAGAUUGAAACCUUGCAAAAUAAAAUUAAAAACCUGAGGGAGGUGAGAGGUCAUCUAAAGAAGAAACGACCUGAGGAGUGUGAUUGUAACAAGAUAAGUUAUCAUUCAAAACACAAAACCAAGCUGAGGCACAAGGGAUCCAGUCUUCAUCCUUUCAAGAAGGCCCUCCAGGAGAAGGACAGGCUGUGGCUGCUGCGGGAGCAGAGGAGGAAGAAGAAGCUGCGCAAGCUGCUGAAGAGAAUCAAAAACAACGACACGUGCAGCAUGCCCGGGCUCACCUGCUUCACCCACGACAACCAGCACUGGCAAACUGCUCCCCUCUGGACACUGGGCCCUUUCUGUGCCUGUACCAGUGCCAACAACAACACGUACUGGUGUUUGAGGACAAUCAACGAGACCCACAACUUCCUGUUCUGUGAAUUUGCUACUGGAUUUCUGGAGUAUUUUGAUCUCAAUACCGAUCCAUAUCAGCUAAUUAAUGCAGUGAAUACACUCGACAGAGAUGUUCUCAAUCAACUGCACGUCCAGCUCAUGGAACUCAGGAGCUGCAAAGGGUAUAAGCAAUGCAAUCCAAGAACUAGGAACAUGGAUCUAGGACUUAAAGAUGGAAGCUACGAGCAGUACAGAGGACAACUGUGGGAAGGCUGGGAGGGCUAAUCUCCCCAACUGCUGCACCUCCAUGAGGAUACAAACUGGCCAGAACUUGAAUCCAUGUACAGACUAAAUGAAUUGUAACAUUAGCCUGAAGGACUGGAUAAACUCUGAGGCUGAAAUAGGUAGAACGUUUGCACUGGUGAGUGAGUUGAAUAGAUGCAGUGAAACUGUGGGAAAUGCUGUCAGAAAUACAGGUCUCUGAACUCCACUAUUGUACCUGCUUUUUGCUUUGGAUUAUACCUCACCUGCUUCACGAGGCAUUUUACUUCCAGAAGACACAAGUAACGCUGAGGCAGGAAUUGAGAGAAGAGGAAGCACAGCCCCAUCCCCAAGGGAGCCAUUCCAGCGUUUACAGACAGCUGAGGGAAACUCCAAACAAUUUGCAGUUCAACUUUCUCUUCAGUUGUCACCAGAAACACUUCAAAGCCAAGUCUAACUCUAAAGCAAGAUUUAGAAUCAUGGAUGCUUUUGCUUCUCACUGGGGUGAAGGCAGUGGUUGAGCAGAACUUUGAGCAGCACUGAGUGUUCUCAACACCACGACAUUUCUCCCGUCUCCUCUGAGGAUACGUUUUAGUUCCACGUCUGUUUGUCCAUCCUACUGCCACCUCUAUGAAGAUUGAGAGAAAAUCUUCACUAACAGAUCUUUGGAGGGGUUAUGUAAAAUAUUGCUCAAUAUACUGUUUGCAAAGCAAUUCCUUCAGGUUGUAAAGAAUUUUGUUAAUAAAAAGAGUGUAAUGCCCAUGCCCUGUUUCUCAAAAUGUUACUUACUGUGGCUUAGGACAGUCAGAAUUCAUCCAUUUUUAGAAGUACUGAAAAGUUUCAGUAAAUGUACAUCUCAAAUUUUAACAAAAUCAGAUUUGUAUGAAGGUUUUUUUUGUGGUAAUAGCCUAUUGUGUGUUCAAAACCAAAACAACUCCUUUGAGAAAGCGGCGUUUGCUCAGCAGUGUAACUUCUACAUUUAUUUUUUAAAAAAGGCAGCUCUGAGAAGUUCAAUACUUGUAGUCAAUAAAGAAUAACCUAGUUAAUAGUUUAGCCUACAAAAAAAGUUGAAGUUCUGAAUGACAGUUAGUGUUUAAAGGCUUUUAAAGGGAAAAAAAAAAAAACCCUAUCAUUUUACUAAAGAAGCACAGUGUACAGAGUUAUUUGAGUAUUUUCAUAAGGACAUUAUUAAAUACAUUGUAGUACAGGCCAUUGUAGCACAGGCACUAGUGGUGGGAUUUGUAUUUAUAAUCCAUGUUACUCUGCUACCUGUUUUAAAGGCACGUGCCCGAGGGUGCUCAUGGGGCAGGACUUGACCAACUGUGGCCUUCAAUCCUAACAAAGAGGUACUUUUUCUUCUAAAACAGAAACUUAACUUGCUCUUUUAGAAAUGUAGUGUAAAAAAAAAAAAAAAAGAAAAAAAUACAGCAUGGAAAUUAUUCUUCCUGGUUUUUGCACAUAAGGAAAAUCAAGUGGAAUCAUAUCCAGGCAUGUAGAUCUCUGGUACCACACCCCCCUACUCAAAAAUUAGACUUGGAUUUAGGAACUAAGGAAAAACCAACCAACCAAACAAAAAACCCUCAUAAAACAAAAACCUGCUCCAAAAGCAGAAGUGGAGUCUUUGUAAAUGUGCUAUACAGCAAGACUGGGCUUGAGUAUUUGUAUUACAUGUGAUAAGUCAAAUAUACUUCCCAAAGUUUUCUUGCAAGCUUUUUUAAAUUAUGGAAGUAAAAUAUGAUUGUCUGUCUUAAUCUAGCCAUAGAGUUUCUUUGCAACUUGUUACAGCUUUCAUGGAUUAUUAGAAAUAUCUACUAGAUGAUGAGAUCUUGAAUCAAUACAAAUAAGUGAAAAACGAAACACAUUUUUGCUGCUUCCCAGAGAAAAAUUUUAGCCAUCUCCUAAACUUUACAGAAAGAAUCUGAGGUUAGAUGUAAAAAAAUUGGCACUUACCUUUUUUUGUGUGUUCAGCCUUUAGUCCUUGGCCAGCUGAGGGUGUGAUGGUGAAAAUCCUGCAGGGCCCAGUGUUCCUGCUCCUGUUGAAAAAAGUUACCGUGUUCCUUUACACAGCCCCCUGAGCUGUGGGGUUCUUUGGGACACAAGAAGCAGCUGCUGUUUUGUGAAAGGUAAGUUGUUGCCAAAUUGGGGAAGGCUGCCACCUCUUCACCUUUCAGCUCUUGUACAAACUGCAGUUUGAGUUGACAAAGACAACACAUCUCGGUGCUAAAUGGGUCCCAGCAGGGAAAGGUCGCAGUUGUUGCUCCCUCAGCUUUUGCAGCCAAUUAGGAGAAGAUGGAAAUCAUUCUCUGCACAGUUUUCCUCAGUGGCAGCACCGAAUUUUCUCUGACCUUUGCAGGAUACAGUCAUGAACCUUAAAGUAUUAGACAGCUAAUCAAGUUCUGAUUUUAAAUAGAAACCUUUAUUUACAUUAUUAUUAACAUCCAAACACAAAAGCCAGAAGGGCGGUAAUACCUUACAACCAACUCUUUUAUAAAUCAGUCCCCGUGAUUUUUCUGUUUUGCAAAAUAAAGAUACAGAUAUUUCAAGCAAUACUUACAAUGUAAACUAAACUUAAAUGCAGUUCUCAAUACUGUAUGCCUUCUCCUGAGAAUUUUUUUAAAUAUUGCUCUCAGAAUUACAUGGUUUCAUACUUGCUGUAUCAUUCUGUCAUCUGGUAGCCUGCACAUAAAUUCUAAAAUAAAAGGUGUGCUAAUUGGUGCAACAUUCAAAUAAGUUUUGUCUUGUGACUGAAACGUGGUCUGGAUUUUCUAACUUUGAAAGCAGUAUUUUAGGCC